GUACGAAUUCCUGCUCACUCCCUCCACUGGCAAAAAAACAAAAGGCAAAUAGAUAGGGAAAUACUCGGGAACUGAGUUCAGAAGCAAAGCUUGAAGAAGCUACUACCAGCCUGCGAAAGCUAGACCAGACAAACGCCCAAAAGCUUUUCAAAAACUAGGGUUUUCUGGGGUUUCAGACUCCCUUUUUAUCCCACCAGAAAAACCAUUCAAACACCAACAACAAUCAGUGGAACAACCUGCUUCAGAGUAGACCUGCCAAGGUGUGGGUCAGGGGGGCUUUGAAGGAGAGUGCAUUUGCUUUUUGCCCUGUUACCGCUUUUACUCGAGGAGGUAAAAGAAUAUGCAGACGCCAAAAGCAAGAACUGGCUCUUUGGAAGUGCCGCGGAGGAAAUCUCCCACAACACCUCAGACUGCUCGCCAACUCAAGACGCCAGGGUCAGAUUCUGAUGCAUUUUCCUCCUCUCCACACCCAGCCAGUAAGACACCAAAAGACAGAAGUCCUAAAGUUGUGGAACGCAGAUCACCACGAAGCCCAAUGUCUGAGAAGAAGCGCCCAAGCAGAGUGUCUGAAUUGGAGUCGCAGCUUGCGCAACUCCAAGAGGAUCUGAAAAAGGCAAAGGACCAACUGAACUCAUCGGAGUCAUGGAAGAGGAGAGCCCACCAGGAGGCUGAAGAGGCCAAGAAGGAUCUCUUAGCCAUGUCAGCAAAUCUUGAGGAAUCCCAGCAGCAGCUGCUGGAGCUUUCUGCUUCUGAAGAAGCUCGGCUUCAAGAGCUCCGCAAAAUCUCCCAGGAUCGUGAUCGAGCAUGGCAAUCUGAACUUGAGGCUGUCCAGAGGCAGCACUCAAUGGAUUCUGCCGCCUUGGCUUCUGCCAUGAAUGAAAUUCAGAAACUCAAAGUUCAGCUGGAGAUGGUGGCUGAAUCAGAAGCUAACCAAGCUAAGAACGCAGAGUUGGCACGUGCUGAGAUUGGAGGCUUGAGAAUGGAACUUUCCAGAACUCUGUCCCUUGUUGAAAAGUUGAAAACUGAGCUCAAUGAUUGCAAAGAAUCUGAAGCUCAGGCUUUAGAAGUUGUUAGUAAAACUCAGAGGGAAUUGGAAGAAGCGAAUGCAACUGCAGAAAUGCUCCGGUCAGAUGGCAUCAAUGCCAUGGGGGCUUACAACUCCUUGUCAUCAGAGUUGGAGCAAUCAAAUGUUCAAGUGAAAUCAUUGGAAGGACUUGUGAGCAAACUCCAGGCGGAUCUGGUUGAUAGCAGCAGCAACAAGUUGGUGGAUUCUACAGACAAAUGUAAAACUGUUCAGGAAAAUGGAGAAAAUGAGGAUACUAACCAGCUGAAAGCAGAGCUAAACUUUCUGAAACUUGAGGUGGGUCAAUUGAAAGCUGCUUUAGAUGCAGCUGAGAUCAGGUACCAGGAAGAAUAUAUUCAGAGCACAUUGCAGAUUAGAAGUGCUUAUGAACAAGUUGAACGAACAAAAUCAGAGUCAUGCAAAAGAGAGGCUGAAUUGGAGACAGAAUUAGAGAAAUCUAAGGCUCAUAUCGAAGAGUUGAGGGCUCACUUGAUGGAUAAGGAAACUGAAUUGCAGAGUAUUUCAGAUGAAAAUCAGGGGCUGAAUUUAAAGAUUGGUAAAAAUAUAUCAAGUGAAAAAGAAUCCGAACUUGCAAUGGAGCUACAGAAGUCAGAGGCAUAUUUAGAAGAGUUGAAGGCGAGUUUGUUGGAUAAGGAGACAGAGUUGCAGAAUAUUGCCAAGGAAAAUGAAGUGCUUAAGAUGGAAGUUAAGAAGAGGGACAUGGAGAGGAAUCAAGUUAAUGAUGAGGCUGUUGCUUCAGCAGAAGCAGCAAGGGCUGCGGAGCGAGAGGCUCUGAUGAAACUUGGCUGUUUAACAGAGGAAGCAGAUAAAAGUAGCAGAAGAGCAGCUCGGGUUACCGAGCAGCUGGAUGCAGCCCAGGCUGCAAAUUCAGAAAUGGAGGCUGAGUUGAGGAGGUUGAAGGUGCAGUCAGACCAGUGGAGAAAGGCGGCCGAGGCAGCUGCUGCUAUGAUUUCAUCGGGGAACAAUGGGAAAUUUGUGGAGAGAACAAGUUCUCUUGACAGCAACUACAAUCCUUUGGCUUCACCUUAUUCAGAAGACAUGGAUGACGACUCACCCAAGAAGAAAAAUGGGAACAUGUUGAAGAAGAUUGGGGUGCUAUGGAAGAAAGGCCAGAAAUAGAUGGGGGAUUAUGUGGCAGGUAGCAUAUGAGUCCAGAUAUUGUUUUACUGCUAUUGGUAUAUUCCAUUUUCCGUGAUUUUCUCUCUAUUUCAUCCUCACAGGUAUUUUGGUGGGUGGGAGCUGCUGAUUUUCAGUGUUUGUAGAGAAUGUGGUAAAAAGUCGGCUCUUUUGCAGAAUGUGUAUAGUAAUGUGGCGGCUCUGGGUCGACGCAAUAUAUAUGUAUUCUAUGUUCUCUUCGUUUGGACAUCUUUCUGUUUAUGUUUUGAAGCAGUUGGUCUUCUGAAACUAGCGGAGUCCUAUUUGUCAUUUGAGCCAUGAUGUCAACUCCUUUGGAGUAUCACUUGGUUAUUGAAUUGCUUUAUCUUUGUAUAAGAAGAUGUUCGUCAUCCCAUCAGCAUUGGCUUCAUUAUUGUUGCUAAUCUUGAAGAUCUGUUUA